GCCGUGAAACUAGAAAGUGUUCAUCCAACAAGGACGAGGUACUUAGUUGUUGUCUCAAGGAUGGGAGCGAGAGGAGAAGAAUCGUGUCUUUUAGGCAUCGAUUGCAACGAAAGAACUACCGUUGGUCUAGUCCUUAGAGUGCUGGCUAACACUCAGAUCACUUUAGAUGGAGAUGGAGGCUUCAGCAUUAGCGUCUGUGAUAGGCAUCAUAUAUUCAAACCAGUUUCAGUUCAAGCCAUGUGGUCAACGCUGCAGACUCUCCACAAGGUGAGCGCCAAGGCUCGCGAACAGAACUACUUCCAAGGAGGACUGACCCAUUCUUGGGUGGAGUAUUAUGAGAACCGGAUUGAGUCUGACCGUUCCUGUCUUAACGAAUGGCACGCCAUGGAUAACUUAGAGUCUAAGAGACCACCCUCGCCGGAUUCCGUUAGGACCAAGCCCACCGAGAGGCAGCAGGCCGAGAAGGUGAUCAGGGCCACCCUCAAGGAGAUUAUGAUGACGGUGGACUUGGAUGAGGUCACUAGCAAGGCGAUACGGACCCGGCUUGAGGAAGAGCUCGAUAUGGAUUUGGGCGAGUAUAAAUCUUUCAUCGACGAAGAGAUGCUAAUAAUUCUUGGCCAGAUGGAUGCUCCAACGGAAAUUUUCGACCACGUCUACCUUGGUUCGGAAUGGAAUGCGUCCAAUUACGAGGAAUUACAGAGGAAUGGAGUUGGACACAUUUUAAAUGUAACAAGGGAGAUCGACAACUUCUUUCCUGGCACCUUCGACUACCUUAACGUCCGAGUAUACGACGACGAAAAAACCGACCUCCUGAAACAUUGGGAUGAUACCUACAAAUACAUUACAAAAGUUAGAGAUCAAGGCUCCAAAGUGCUGGUUCACUGUAAAAUGGGCGUCAGUAGGUCCGCAUCAGUUGUCAUAGCGUACGCUAUGAAAGCUUAUAAUUGGGACUUCGACACGGCACUGAAACACGUCAAGGACAAGAGGAGUUGCAUUAAACCGAACACCAGUUUUCUGCUGCAGCUCGAAACUUACCAGGGUAUUUUGGACGCCAUGAAGAACAGAGAGAAGCUACAGAGAUCAAAGUCUGAAACCAAUCUCAAAUUGCCCGGUUCAAAUGGAAAAAGUGAAAAAGUUGCAGGAAAUGAACCGGCCCCAGUCGCUCAGCCUCUUUCAAAAUCAUACAAUAUCGAAAGCACAAUGUCCGGCCAAGAAUUGAGGAACAUGGGAUCCCGCCCAAAGUCUUGGUCCCCGGACAACAUCUUAACCAGAGAAAUGGUAGAAGCAGCUAAAUCUCCUCUUUCUAUAUCGCUAGAAGAUGUUAGCCAAAAGUCAGCAUCAAAAGAAUCCAUGAAGGCAAUCGAAUCAAAAUCCUCCCUUGCCAGACAUGUCUUAAUGCCUUGUGAUAAUGGUGAAACGUACAGCGUUUCUCCAAACCAAAUAGUUCACUUACCUGAUACUAACUAUAGAAACGAAAAGAAAAAUUUAGUCCUGGAUCUCGCGAGCCAGUUCGAAAGAGCAGAGCAACAAAACUCGGGAGAAGAGCUAGUGAAGAGUAAAGUCAAAAUGGAAACGUGGGAUCCCGGUGAAGAGAUGGACAGCAAAACGUCUUGCUGUGAACUUUCAAGCGAAACCUGUGAUGAAUCAAAUUUUAGUGUAAUAAGUGAAAAUCAAACGGUGUGGACUUCUUCCACUGUAGUUAAAACUGAAAGUGCUGUGCCCGUUAGUUGUAGUAAUAGUUUAGUGAAAAUUUCUGACUCUAGCAAAGCAAAGACAUCGCACAGAGAAAUCAGUGAUCCUUUUUCUAACCAGCUGGAUCGCGUCUUUGACCGCGAAGAGAAAAAGCAGUUGCGAAUGUCUACAGUACCCGUGAUCUCUUCUCCCGAGCUCUCUAACGACGAUAAGAUACAUCGGGAGAGCCCCUCUCGGCAAAGUUCUUGGAGUUCCUACGAUUCGGCGGUAGCGCUGGGGUUUCAAAAUGAAGCGUCUGAAUUAUCCAGACACAGUUCGUGGGGUUCGGGAGAUACGCGCACUCUCCCAAGUCGAAACAGUUCCUGGGGAUCCUACGAUAUGCAGCCCAGAGGUCCGGUACACUACAUAAACGAAAAAGGGGAGAAGGUAACACACAGCAACUCGGACUCGAUCGAAAAUGGUUUUCCGUUCGACAAAGAUCAUGGUCACUGGCAGACUGGUACCGUUAAGAGAUCCAAACAAAGAUAUCUGGAAAGUUCCUCAAGGAAACCCAGCAGCAGCGGGGAUAGUCGGACUAGUAGUUGCUUCUCUUUGGCCAAGACACCCAGUUCCGAAACCCUACUCGAUGAUGUGGACGUCGACGUGGCGGAAGCGUUUAACAAAAUACUGGUUGACGAUUCUAUUAUAUCUAGUGCCAUAUCGGACAAAAUAGACAUUCCUAAAGACGAGCAUAAAAUGCCUGCUGUUAGGUCUAGAUUGUCCCGAAGUGCUCCCGAGCCUUCCUCGAUGGAACUUAUCGCACAAGGUGAAUCUUUGUCUCGGUCGGCUUCAAAUGUUUCUAAAGAAAACUCAAAUUCGGUUAUAAGUACAGCACAGUGUUCGUCAGUAAAACAGCAUAGAACUUUCUUGGAAAACCUGCACAACUCCCAUGACUUUAGUAACGUAACUAAGAAAGACGAUCUUCUAGAUAGCGCCAAUGCUUCGGGUAAAGUUAAGAAUUUAAAGAAGGAAUUCGAAGCCAAAUCAAGUACAAACACCGAUCAAAUCGACGUCCCGGAAAAUCUGUGCAAGAACAAAGUCAGUAGUCUGCCGUCUUCUCCUCUUAGCGUUCACGUAGCAAAAGACAAAAAGCCCGAAAACAAGAACUCCUCCAGUGACGACAUCAAUCUCAAGAGUCUCAUAGGUAUCUUCGAGAACAACGUGGAUGGUGUUCAAGUAAACCGUAGACAAAAAUUUGCCAACGCCGGACCUUUCUCGCAGAACCGCAAUGGUCGUUACUCCUGCAUCGAAGUAUCUGUGGACAAAACGCCUCGCAUUGUCCCUCUCAUCUCCAAUCUUAACAGGAACGGUUCCGUCGUCGACAAAAGCGACGACAAGCGCCCGCCAAUCGUACCAGUGGUAAGGACGGCGUCCCCAGGCUUGAUGGUGGCCGCUACGGUUAUAACGGCCGCUAAGAAAAAGCAGCAGCAGUACGGGAAGAGCCAUCCGUUAGCCAGAUUGAACAUCAAACCCAGACACAACAAUACACUCUACAAUACCAUGUAA